AUGGAAAUUGAACCAAACGAUCGUGGAAGCCCUGACGGUGGUCAUUCGGAAUCCAAUUCAUCAGCUUCAAUGUCGCACGAUUCAGCAUUGACGUUGACACCACCUUUACAAGAUUGUGAUUUUGAUAAUGACGAUGAUGAUAAUACCGAGGAUACUAUCGUACCAUCUACAGCUCGUUCGCGAAGUAUCGAAGGUCGUACAAGCCGGUUGAACUCAUCAACACAACCGUUUAGUACGGCUGCAACAAGUGUCGAUCGGUUAAAACAUGGUAUCCGUUAUAUAAGCGAUGGUUUCAUUCGAAAAAUUAGCAAACAAAGCAAUCUUACUCGUAUUAAUUCAUUGAAUUUUAGUAAUUUACGUGAUAAAAAAAUUCGCUAUAUAGAAAAUCUUCAAGCAUUAACGAAUCUAGAAAAUCUUAAUCUUUCAAAUAAUCUUAUUGAAAAAAUUGAUGGUUUAAAAACAUUAAAAAAACUGAAACAUUUAUCAUUGGCAAAUAAUUUUAUUAAUUCAGUAACCAAUCUUGAAGAUUUGUCUCGAUUAGAAACUCUUGAUUUCAACCAAAAUCAAAUACAUACUAUUCCGAUUUGGUUUGGAAAAAAAUUAGCAGCGUUAAAAGCUUUAAAUCUAUCAAAUAAUCAAAUAUCAUCAUUCGAUCAAAUAGCACGUUUACGUACAUUAUAUGAGCUACGUGAACUUCAUCUUCAAGGAAAUCCUAUUGAACACAGUGAACAUUAUCGUUUACUUGUGAUAUCAUACAUACCGAGUUUACAAAUACUGGAUGGUAUUGAUAUUAACGAAGAUGAACGAAAACAAGCAAAAGAACAGUUUAUUCAACAAGAAGUACAAAAUUUACUGCAUGAACUUGAACGACGAGACAAUGAAUGCCGACGUUUGAAUACUCAAGCAACAAACAGUGAGCAAAAAUUAGAAGUAACAAGCGAUAAACUUCAAUCGUUGGAAAGUAAAAGUGUGAUUCAAGCAAAAGAAAUUAAAGCGUUACAAGAACGAUUGGCUAAUAGUGAAGAACUUCUUCAACGUAAAACAUCUUUACUUCAUCAAGCAUGUGAAAAACAAUGUAAACUAGAACAAGAAUUAGCUUUUUAUAAGAUCGAUUUAAAAUUCGAUAGACUUGAUUUUUCUAAACAUUUGGGUACAAAAAGUAAUUUAAACCAAAGGAUUGCCAAUGAUAGUAUUUUUUCAACCAUUAAAUUUAAUAAUAAUUUUAUAGAAGAUGGCGAAGAAACAAAAUCGACUAUGGCCGAUGAACAACACAGAUAUGAUAGUAAAAAUCUAUGGCAAACUACCGAAGUAAAACGAAUAUUAGGUAGUGCUUUCUAUGGAAAAUUUCAUCGUGUCGAGGAUGAAACAAUUUACAAUGAAAAACUAUUAAAAUUAGCUUUUAACAUGAGUGAACUAACAUUUCUACAAGCUAAACAACAAGCUAUAGAAGAACGUUUGCAAGUUGCAACGCAAAAGAAAGAAUCUCAUGCUGUAACUGAACAUCUUUCGGAUGAUCUCGAUAGUUUACAAAAUGAAAUGAUGAAUAAAAUAACCGAUGUGCAAGAACUUAAACUUGUUCUCAAUGGUCUUCGUGUCGACGAAGGAUAUGGAUUAGGCGCUGAUUUAGAACAAGUUAAUAUUGAAUUGAAAUUAGACGAAAUUGUGCGACAACAUGUUGUUAAAUUAAAAGAACAAGCAAUCACUCAACCACAAGAACAUGAUGUUGUCCAUGAGUCGACAUUUGAACAAGCACUUACUGAAGCUAUUUCAUCGGCAGGUGUGUCACCGUAUGAUCGAUGUAGUGUAACAUCAACGCCAUCUCGUGUACAAUUAUUUGAACAUAUUUCGCCUAGCAAUGUUGAGCAAAUUCGUACAAAAGAAAUAAGUGAGCGAGAAGCACAAACUAAAGUAAUCGAAUUACAAAUAGCCCUAGAACGUGAACAAAAUCAAGCUCGUGAACACAUUAAUCAAAUUGAAGAUAUGGCCGAACGAGAAAAACAGCGAAUAUUAAAACAUCUCGAAGAUGAAAAGCGGUUUACACGCGAUAUUAUUGUUAAAUCUGAAACAAUGAUUGAUCAACUUAAACGUGAAUUAAGUUCUGAACGUAAACGUAAGACUACUGAACAAAAAACGCACGAUGCAUUAAGAGAUAUUUAUAAAAAGAUUACACCAAAUCAAGGUAGAAAUUCAUCGAAAUCAAAUGCAAAUGAUGGAAAUACAAAAGAUGACGACGACGACGACGAUGAUGAUGAAGAUGAUAAUGAAACACGUGUCGAUGGUGAGACAACUGUAUGUCAUAGAGAUGAUCCAUUCUUAGCAUCGACACCACGCGAUCGUUCUCUAUUAGCCGGACGAAAUGCAAGUUCAGAUUCACAUGCACUUCGACGUCAAUUUGAAGAUCAACUACAUGAUGACAAUGAUGUAUCAUUGUUAAACAAUCAAACGUCAAAAGCAACAUUUUAUUCAUGUUUACCACCAACACCUAAACGGCGGACGAAUACUAAAGAUCAUUCCAAUGAAUUAUCAUCAUCAUUCGAGAGAAUGCCUCAAACAAUUAUAAAAUUUGAUUCAACAUCGAAUGGUGGUGCAGAUGAUGAAGAACAUGAUUUACUCUAUCGUCUUCAUGGUUUCGUUAAAACUGGUCAAACAUAUAUGUCCGGUUUAGGUGAUCUUGCACGUACAACUGUCAACGAUUCAGGUUAUUCGAGUCAACAAACAGGACGAGAACAUAAUCUCGAAAACGUCAAAUUAGAAACUCUUCUAUCAACGAAACAAUUUAGUGCUUACAAUAAAUGUGUAAUUGAUCCCGAACAAUUCAAUCGUGAAUAUACAGUUGGUGUUAUUACAGCACAUACUGAUCAUCAUCAUCAUCAUCAUCAUCAACAACAACAACAACAACAACAACAACAACGUUACUUUGAUCAAUCAAAAGUUGGCAACGUAACUUUAUAUCCAACACCAGAAGGCUAUAUGCUUGGACCACAUUCCGUCACGGUUUCCCAGGAAACAUUCCCUGUCUAUGCUAAUGUAUCUCCGACACAAUCAUUAACGCAUACGGACUCGCAAUUUUUUGCAUGUGUUAAUAUUCCACCUGAUGGUCUUUCAUCGAAUCGUCCAAUGGGAACAUCACGACAUAAUCCAGAUGAGGUACGAUUACAAGGCCCUGUUAUAUUUCGUCAAGAUACAGUAUUGAAAUCUGAAAAUGUUUCUCCUGUAUCAGUUAAAAUUCGUAGUUUAAAAUUUCCUCAAGUUGAAAAGGGUACGAUGACUGACCAGGAUUCGCUUCGUCGUGAAAUCGAUCGAACAACAAACGAAAUCGAAUUUUUAAAAUUAAAACUUCAAAAUAGAGAAAAUGAAAUGCCACACGAUGAACAACUACAUUUAUUAAGAGAUACAUUAGAACAACAAACGCGUGAUAUUGAACGUGUCAGAACUAUUCAUCAAGAUUUAAUAAAUAGUGGUCGCGAUAAUGAAGCAAAUAUAUUUGAUUUAUCAGAUCAAAUUCAACGUAUACAACGAAAUGUACAUGGACAUCUGCGUCCGACUCUCCUACAUCUAGUAGAUGAUUCAUCACGAAUAAAUUCAGCAAAAUUAAUACCAUUAACAAAUGAUGAUAAUUGGAUAUGUACCGUUCCUCAACAUGCUGAUCUUGAACAAAUAAUUGCUGAGCUUGAAGCUAAAAUGGAUGAACAACGACGAGAAUUAGCUGAUGUUAAACACGAAAAUCGUCGAUUGGAACGGGCUCUAGUGAAAAAAUCUAUUAAAUUCGAUGCACUCGAUUUAGCUGCCGGACGUAAACGAUCACGAUCAAUUGCAGAUUCCAGUGAAACAGAUAGCCUUCAGGAUGAUAUUUUUACAUUGGAAACUCAACUUGUUCGUAAACAACGUGACAUUGCACUUGCACAAGAACAAUUAAGACAAAUGACAUCAUUAUCACAAAGUGUUAUUCAUGAUCUAAAAACGGCUCGUCAAAAACAUACAAUAACUAAACGUGAAACAAAAGGACUUGAACAAAAGAUUGAAUAUUUAACUCGUAAAUUAUAUAAAUUCACAACUGAUACGAAAAAAGCAGAAGAAGAUCAUGCCAAAGCAACAGCUAAUCUUCAAUUGAUGAAUAAAGAAAAUACGAAAUUAGAAAAGGUAGUCGAUGACAAACGAGCGCUAUCAAUUGUUCUUGAUGAGCAACUUCGUUCUUCAUUAAAUUCAUUUAGUUCUCUACUUAAUUCAUCUGUUAAAUGUUUACAAGACUUAACAGCUGCUACAAUGGUCACAGAUCAUGAAUUUCAUCUUAAUACAUUACCACCACCACCCCCAUUGUUACAAUUAAACCAAAUAACAUCAAAUAUACCACCAGAAGAAAUUCACCGACAAAUUUCACAUAUUAUUUCCGAGAAUCAUCGUAUUCUUUCACGUUAUCAUACAAUAUUACAACAGCAGAAGCAAAAAUCAGCAGCAUUGAAACAUGAAAUAGCAGAAAAAGAAGCUCUUCUAGUAAAUGUUAAAACGGAUUUAGAUAUUUAUAAUGAACAAUUAAGAAAAAAUGCUCAAGAACUUCUACAGGACAAGACUGUUUUGGAAGAAUUAGAACGUGUUAAAGAAAUGAAAUCAGAUAAACUGUCUGAACUCGAACGUCUUAUUGAACGUCGUCAAACUCAAGAAAGACAAGGUCAACAAGAACUAGAACAAUUAUCCAAUGAACAACAUCGUUUAAAGAAACAAUACAAAGAUCUUCUAUCGGAACAUGAUCAAUUGCAACAUACGAUUGAAGCUGAUCGUCAAGUUUUCAAUGACAUGAAAAGUGAAUCAACACGUUUACGCGAACAAAUUAAAUCGUUUCUCGAUGAUAAAGAAACUCUUGAUGAAACAUGUGAUUUACUAGCUAAGAAAUGUGAAGCUUUACACAAUGAAUGUAAAGAAAAAGAAAAUAAUCUUCCCGUACUUGUAUCACAAAUUGAUGAAAAAUUAACCGUAUGUAAAAAUUUAGAAGACGAGAUUAAAAAAUUAAAAACAGAUAAAACUCGUUGUUUGGAAGAAGUCACUGAAAUGAAAAUAAAAAUUGAAAAGAAACGUAUUGAACUUGCACAUUCAUCUAAUGACAUGGAAUUAGAACAUCGUAAUGAAGAUUUAAAACAACGUAUUCGACGCAACGAACAAGAGUUAGACAGAGUGAGCAGUGAUAUUGAUGAACGCAAUCGAACUUUGAGCGAAUUAAACUCAAUGAUUGCUUAUGCGAAAAAUAUUAUGAAGAAUAUUCAACCAAAUGAAAAUCGUCGAAAUUACAAAAAUAGUUCAUCAUCCGAUUUUUCAAUGAUCGACCAACGCCAUAAUCAAGAAAAUACAACCUAUUAUGAAACGAAAAUUCAACGGUUAACCAAAGCUCUCGACGAUAAAGAACAAGAUCUUCGUACGUUAAACAUGCAAUUAAUCGCAACAAAAGAAGAACUUUCACAAAUGCAAUACAAAGUACAAAAUCAAGAAUCCAAUGCUGAUGCUAUACGUAAUUCCAUGCAAAUUGAAUUAGAUAAAUUACGACAUUGGAUGCAAAUAUAUGAAAAUAGAAAAGCCAUGUUGCGUCCGCAAUAUCAUGAAACAUUAAAAGAGUUAGAAGUAAAAUUACACGAACAAGAAAUGUUUUAUCGAAAACAAAUUAAAGAUCUUGAUUCUGAAAUGAAGAAGAAACAUAUUGGAAAACUAUCAGAUGAUUCCGGAUUUCUCAGUGAUACAACUAUAUGCGAUAAUCGCAUAUCUCCGACUGUUGAUGUUAAUGAUACUUCAUUGUUACGCGAACAAAUUCAAAAUAUCUUCUCUAAUCAUGUUCAGGAAUUGGAUAAAUGCAAUUCAAAAUACAAAACAAAUUUAUCGAACUUAAAAAAUCGUCUUCACGAAUUAGAAAACUCAACAACAGCCACAAGCUCAAUUAGAUUAGAUUCUUAG